AUGAAAAAGGGCAGGAGGAACGACAAGGGUAAGAUGCUUGCGGGCAAGGCCGCGGCAAGGGCUCUCGUGUGGCUUCUGCUUCCUGUCCUCGUCUUCGUCGUGCUCAACUCCCAUCACAUGCCGCAGGUUCCUCUUCAAGCAACAACUCUUUAUUUGGUCGGUCAUGCAUCAAGCGAGCAGACGCCCGUCGGUGCACCACCUUCUCCCGCAUCAGGCGAUGAAACGCCCGUCAACGCACCACCUUCUCCCGCAACAAGCCACCAUCCUUCCCCCGCAUCACGCCCCGGCGUCGUCAGUGCCAACAAAAGUCAAGCCCGUCCACGAGAUACAGAUGUGGCAGCACCAAGAAGCAAGUCAAUUUGCAACUUCAGCAGUGACCGCAUGGACAUCUGUGCCAUGCAAGGCGACGUCCGUAUGCACGGCAAAUCUGCCACCGUCUACGUUGUCUCAGCGUCUGAAGACAGCUACCGGCCAGAGAACGGGACGGUGAAGAUCCGCCCGUAUCCGCGCAAGUCAGAGGAAGGAACGAUGCAUGCUAUCCGGGAGGUGACCAUCCGCUGGAGCGGGCUGGAUGCGCCACGGUGCACGGUGACGCACGACGUCCCCGCGGUGGUCUUCUCCACGGGCGCCUACCUCAACAACUUUUUCCACGCCAUGACCGACGGCAUCAUCCCUCUCUUCAACACUGUGAGGGAGUACGAUGGCCAUGUCCAGCUUGUGAUCACCGACUACAACCGCAAGUGGGUUGACAAGUUCCAACGCAUCCUCGCCGCGCUCUCCAGGUACCCGGUCAUCAACUUGGACGCCGAUGACAAGGUGCGUUGCUUCCCGUCGGUGCACGUCGGCACCGAAGGCCAUAAGGAGAUGGGGAUCAUCCCUGCUCUCUCCCGCAAGGGCUACACAAUGACGGACUUCCGGAACUUUCUUCGUUCGAUCUACUCGUUGAAGCGUGAGUGGUCGACCCCUGUAAACCGGACCUCCGGUGACAGGCCUCGCCUCCUCAUGAUUCUGCGCCGCAACUCGAGGGCGUUCGCGAAUGAGGCGGAGGCCGUCGCAGCUGCCACAGAGGUCGGCUUCGAGGUGGUGUCGGCAGAGCCGCAGGUCGUGAGCGACAUGGCCCGGUUCGCAGAGGUCGUGAACUCGUGCGACGUGAUGGUGGGCGUGCAUGGCGCGGGGCUCACCAACCUGGUGUUCCUCCCGCGCAACGCGACGUUGGUGCAGGUCGUCCCAUGGGGUGACAUGAGCUGGGGGUCCAAUGCUGCCUUUGGUGCACCGUCGGCUGACAUGGGGCUCCGGUACGUACAGUACGAGACGACCCCGGAGGAGACGACGCUCAAGUACAAAUACCCGAGGGACCAUGCCGUCUUCACCGACGUCGCCUCCAUAAACAGGCAGGGGUAUGGUAUGACGUGGGAGCUCUUCCUCAACGGCCAGAACAUCACUCUCGACAUCGACCGUUACAGAGGGGUGUUGCAGAAAAUCUACCAUGAUAGUAUAAUCGUCGAUCCUUCAUUUAGUCCUGACCCGGUCGUCGAAGCGCCACCUUCUCCCGCAUCAAGCGGCGACGUCCUCGAUGGGAUCAGAGAUCUCCAAAACGAGAAGGGGUUGCAAGCCAUGAACGCGGGAGUAGAUGCCUCUUUGAUAAAAUCAGAUGUGGCAGCACCAAGAAGCAAGUCAAUUUGCGACUUCAGCAGUGAACGCAUGGACAUAUGUGCCAUGCAAGGCGAUGUCCGUAUGCACGGCAAAUCCGCCACCGUGUACGUGGUCUCGGUGUCUGAUGAUAGCUACCGGCCAGAGAAUGGGACGGUGAAGAUCCGCCCAUACCCGCGUAAGUCGGAGGAAGGAACCAUGAAUGCUAUACGAGGGGUGACCAUCCGCUGGAGCGGCCUCGAUGCGCCACGGUGCACGGUGACGCACGACGUCCCCGCGGUGGUCUUCUCCACCGGCGCCUACCUCAGCAACUUUUUCCACGCCAUGACCGACGGCGUCAUCCCUCUCUUCAACACUGUGAGGGAGUACAAUGGUCACGUCCAGCUUGUGGUCACCGACUACAACCACAAGUGGGUCGACAAGUUCAAAGACAUCCUCGCCGCGCUCUCCAAGUACCCGGUCAUCAACUUGGACGCCGAUGACAAGGUGCGUUGCUUCCCGUCGGUGCACGUCGGCACCGAAGGCCAUAAGGAGAUGGGGAUCAUCCCUGCUCUCUCCCGCAAGGGCUACACAAUGACGGACUUCCGGAACUUUCUUCGUUCGAUCUACUCGUUGAAGCGUGAGUGGUCGACCCCUGUAAACCGGACCUCCGGUGACAGGCCUCGCCUCCUCAUGAUCCUGCGCCGCAACUCGAGGGCGUUCGUGAAUGAGGCGGAGGCCGUCGCAGCUGCCACAGAGGUCGGCUUCGAGGUGGUGUCGGCAGAGCCGCAUGUCGUGAGCGACAUGGCCCGGUUUGCAGAGGUUGUGAACUCAUGCGACGUGAUGGUGGGCGUGCAUGGCGCAGGGCUCACCAACCUGGUGUUCCUCCCGCGCAACGCGACGUUGGUGCAGGUCGUCCCGUGGGGCGACAUGAGCUGGGGAUCCAAUGCUGCCUUUGGUGCACCGUCGGCUGACAUGGGGCUCCGGUACGUCCAAUACGAGACGACCCCGGAGGAGACGACGCUCAAGUACAAAUACCCGAGGGACCAUGCUGUCUUCACCGAUGUCGCCUCCAUAAAUAGGCAGGGGUAUGGUAUGACGUGGGAGCUCUUCCUCAACGGCCAGAACAUCACCCUCGACAUCAACCGCUAUAGAGGGGUGUUCCAGCAAAUCUACCAGGAUAGUAUAAUGGUUGAUACUUCAGCUAACUAG